AUGAGGACGCGAGAUUCGGACCGGCUGUGGAGCAUUUACGGAGACAGAAAUGUCGCGAGCGGCAAGCAGGAGAGGAAAACUGAGGCUGAGAUCAUUGAUCCACCACACAAACUCCUGUGCUUCCAGCCGUCUCAUGGCAGUGCUGCAGCAGCGGCUGCUCAGCAGGGGGGCUACGAGAUCCCGGCCCGCCUGAGGACCCUGCACAACCUGGUGAUCCAGUACGCCUCGCAGGGCCGCUACGAGGUGGCCGUGCCGCUCUGCAAACAGGCCCUGGAAGACCUGGAGAAGACCUCUGGACACGACCACCCAGACGUGGCCACCAUGCUCAACAUCCUCGCCCUUGUUUACAGGGAUCAGAACAAAUAUAAGGAGGCAGCCAACCUGCUGAAUGAUGCUCUGGCCAUCAGAGAGAAGACCCUCGGCCGGGACCAUCCAGCUGUCGCUGCCACACUUAAUAACCUGGCUGUCCUGUAUGGGAAGAGGGGGAAGUACAAGGAAGCAGAGCCCCUGUGCAAGAGGGCGCUGGAGAUCAGAGAAAAGGUGCUGGGGAAGGACCACCCGGAUGUGGCCAAGCAGCUGAACAACCUGGCCCUGCUGUGUCAGAACCAGGGCAAGUACGAGGAGGUGGAGUACUACUACAUGAGAGCGCUGGAGAUCUACCAGACCAAGCUGGGCCACGACGACCCCAACGUGGCCAAGACCAAGAACAACCUGGCGUCAUGUUACCUGAAGCAGGGCAAGUUCAAGCAAGCUGAGACUCUGUACAAAGAAAUCCUGACCCGUGCUCACGAGAGGGAGUUCGGCUCUGUUGAUGAUGAGAACAAACCAAUUUGGAUGCAUGCUGAGGAGAGAGAGGAACAAAGCAAGGGCAAGCAGAAGGACGGCUCACCUUUUGGGGAGUACGGAGGCUGGUACAAAGCCUGCAAAGUGGACAGCCCCACAGUGACGACCACCCUGAAGAACCUGGGCGCCCUCUACAGGCGGCAGGGCAAGUUCGAGGCGGCCGAGACCCUGGAGGAAGCUGCCAUGCGCUCCAGAAAGCAGGGUCUGGACACCGUGCAUAAGCAGCGCGUGGCGGAGGUCCUGAGCGAGCCCGAGGCCCGCGAGAAGCAGCGGAGCCGCGAGAGCUUGACCUCCGACACGGUGAAGUACGAGAGCGGGCCAGACGGUGGCGAGGAAGUGAGUAUGAGCGUGGAGUGGAACGGGGACGGCUCCGGCUCUCUGAAGAGGAGCGGCUCCUUCAGUAAACUGCGAGCGUCGAUCCGCCGCAGCAGCGAGAAACUCGUCCGCAAGCUGAAAGGCGGCGGCUCGUCCCGAGACAGCGAGCCCAAAAACCCCGGCAUGAAGCGGGCGAGCUCUCUGGGCGUUCUUAACGUGGCGGACAGAGCUGCCAUCGACCACUACCAAGAACGAAAUAAUCGUCUGAGUAAAAGUCGUGACCUGAGUGCCAGCCACACCGACCUGGCGCAUUGAAGGUCUGUCGACCCCCGAGGAGCCUGUGAGGUCACUUCCUGUCCGGCCCCUCCUCACU